AUGCGCCGACACCGUCUACCGUUGCGGCUCCUAUCGGCUGCCUUUGUUGCCGUACACUGUUACAAGAAAGAUGACGCAAAGUUCCUCCUUCCGUUGUGGUCGCAGCAGGCCGCGCAAUGCCAUUCAAGUCGCCGCGUGCAUUCUGCCAAAUUCGAAUUGCCGCCGUCCAUCCAAGCUCUGCAGCCCAGCUCACUUGGAAGGCUCCAUGACCGGGUGGAGUUGUCUGGAAUGUCCGAAUCAAACGCCUGUACCCCGCUUCACGAGGCAGCCUCGUUGGGGCUCGCCGAGGAUAUAGUCAAGUUGAUUGCAAAUGGCGCAAAUGUGAAUGCUUCCGAUGCAGCAGGCACGACGCCGCUCAUGAUUGCUGCCAGUUUGGGCCACCGCACAAUUUGCCAGUGCCUCGUAGACGCGAAUGCUGAUCUCAACGCCGCCGACGCAGAUGGGUCGACUGCCUUGCACGUUGCAGCCUACCACGGUCAGCUCGACAUCGCAGCAAUGCUGAUUCACGCAGGGGCUGACGUGUCGUCGACCCGACCAGAUGGCAUCAAUGUACUCAUCAUUGCCAUUCGCGAAGGCCAUCAAGAGCUCGCGAUGGCCCUGCUCCCGUUUUUCGACUGGACCGAAUUCCACGUUGCGAUUGCCGCUGCAUGGGGGCACGUCGCUCUGGUGGACGACCUGGUCGCGUUGCGACCCGACCUUGUUGGCUUAUCAGCUAUCCAUGCAGCAGUGGAGCGCGGUCACUUGGCCACAGUCAAGGCGCUAUUGCAUGCGCCAUUGAAAAAUCGGCAGGAUGUCCUCAACAGCGCCAUGUUGCACGCUGCCAAGACAGGGCAACUGGCCGUGCUCCAUCUCUUGCUGGACGAAGGCGCUAACGUUGCUGCAGCCGACGAAACGGGCAACACCGUGAUUCACUUGGCUGCACGACACAAUCACGUCGACGUCUUGAUGGACGCUUUGCGCCACGAUCCUAUCCAACUGGCCGCGUUCGUGGGCGUCCCGAAUUUCGAUGGGGAAUCUGCUGUGCAUUUGGCUGCCAAAGGCGGCCACUGCGCAAUGCUGCAACAGCUUCGCAGCCUUGGAGCGUCGCUGGCAGGACGCACUGCCUCGGGACUAACGGCGGUUCACUUUGCUGCUGCAAAUGGACAUUUGGACGCCGUGAAAUACUUGCAGGCGGCGGGAUGCGACGUGAACCAAGAAUCCGAGUAUCUGAUGGGGAAAACUCCCCUCGAGCUGGCAACACUCCAUGGCCACCACCACGUCAUGCGAUACUACCUGCAAAGUACGGAGGCGCAUAGCCGUUAACAUACGUGCAUUCCCCCCGCGAGAAAAACACCCCGUCUCCUCUGUCCAGCCCGAGAGGGCUGUAGUUGAUGGGCCAGAUAACCAAAAGAAGAGUUCACGGUUGCAUGCGAUGGGACGAGCCAGAGGCAUUCCACUCGAUCCCAUCGUGCCAAGCGCGAUUCAAAAGGACAUUGUACUGUCACCAGUAC